AUGCUGCACAGUUCUGUCAGUGUGGCGUACUACAGACAUGUUCUUCAGCAGCGCUCUCCUCGUACUUUCUGUCCUCUCCUUGUGUGGGGGAAUGAAGAGUGGUAUUAUUGGAGGAAAUGAAGUGGAUCGACACUCCCGACCCUACAUGGCGUCUGUUCAGUUUAAAAAAGCACACAUGUGUGGUGGUUUUCUUAUCAGAAAAGAUUAUGUGCUCACCGCAGCCCACUGUGUUGACAACAUUGAUCACUCUGGAAAGGACAAGCUGGAAGUCUUACUCGGAGCUCACAACAUCAAUCAAAAGGAGUCCCAGCAGCAGAGAAUCCAAGUACAGAAAUAUAUCCUGCAUCCCUGUUACAAGCAGCAUGACAAUCCAAAUGAUAUCAUGCUACUGAAGCUAUUGAGUGUUGCCAAGCUGAACAAGUAUGUGAAGGUGAUCGCUCUUCCUGAGAAGAACGAGAACCUUCCAGACCAUCAGGAAUGUUCAAUAGCUGGCUGGGGAAUGACAGCACAGAACAGCGCCGGAUCGAGCGUCCUACGAGAGGUCAAACUCCAACUGCAGAAUAACUCUCAGUGCAAGAAACUUUGGCAGAACUAUUUUGACACAGACAGCAUGAUCUGCACUGUGUCUGAUGGGAAAAAAGCUUUUUGUAAGGGUGAUUCAGGGAGUCCUCUUAUCUGUGGAAAUGUACCACAGGGAAUAGCUGCCUUUGGGAAGCGUGAUGACUGCUUAAGCCUCACGCAUCCAGUGGUUUAUAUGAAGAUCUCCUACUUUCUUCCAUGGAUUAAAGAAGUUAUUCACUAGAAAGUGAACACAAUGGAAGUAACCAAAAUCCAAUA